AUGUUCAUCCCCUCUAAUUUUGUACCUAACUAACUAUAUACUUUAAUUUAAUGGCACCUACUAACAGUUAUUAUAUAUAAGAACCCUUUGACCGUGACCAACUUCGUUACAUAAAAAAUAAAUAAAUUUAAAGUCAAAGGGCUAUUUGUUUUUAUUUUCACAAAGGCAAUGAAAUUCGAAGAUUAUCUCAUGGAGAAAAGACAAGAACCUCAAAAUAGACAAGACCUUGAGAAAGAGGUUGUUCAAUUGCAAGCACAGUUGAAGGGUGAAGAGACACUCAAUAGGGUCUUACUUUGUGCAUCAUUGCAUGGAGCUGUUUGCUCUCUCUCACACAUUCCUUCUAUGUUUCCGCAUAAGGUUUAUGAGCUUCUUGAAGAAUUGGCAUUAGUAGAGGAAGAGAUCAGUUUGCUAGAAAGUAAAGUUAAGGAACUAAAACUUAGAUUGUACAAUGAGAGAAAAGAGACCAAAGAUUGGAAAAUACACCAUAGAAGACAACUUAAACUAUGUAACCAGUUCCAAGGAUCAAUUGCACACAACUAUGAACUGUACUCUAAAGGAAAAAAAUCAGUAGAUAGAAGGGCUUCUUUAGGUUCUUCAUUGGAUAUCCAUAGCUUAAUUUCCACCCCAAGAAGAUCACAAGAAUAUGAAGUGCCAAGAAGAAAAACAGGAAAAACACCAAGACAAAAUGCCAUUGAGAAACCGAAUGAAUUGUCAGAGGAACUUCUUAAAUGUCUAAUUGGAAUUUUCCUAGAAUUGAACCAGGCAUCAUUGAACAUCAAGGAAUCAGAAACAAUUGUUCCAAGACUCACUCUUUCGUGCAUGAAAUCCACUACCUUCAUCUCAAAGAAUUCAUCCAACUGCAAGACACAUUCAUUCCUUUCAAAUGGCAAUGCCUCUUGUCUUGACCCAUAUGGCACAUCAGCAGAUUUAGAUUGCACAGCAAGAGAUGUAGGACCUUAUAACAAUUUCAUCCAAAUUACUAGGAGCUCAUUACACACUGAAUUCUUUUCACACUGUUUGCCGGCAUUCAGAAAAUUGAGGAUCUUGAUGCAUAAACUAUGUGAUGUCGAUUUAAGUUUCUUGAGCUACAAGCAAAAGUUGGCAUUCUGGAUCAACAUAUACAAUGCCUGCAUAAUGAAUGCAUUUUUGGAUCAUGGUCUUCCUUCUACACAAGAUAAAUUGUUGUCUCUUAUGAACAAGGCUGCAAUGAAUGUAGGAGGGAUAGUACUGAAUGCUUUGGCUAUUGAACACUUUAUUCUUCGACAUCCAUGUGAAUCAAAACAUGGUCCUGUGGACGAGAAGGAAGUCCUACUGAGGCAUGCUUAUGGUGUGGGGUAUCCAGAACCCAAUGUUACGUUUGCUCUCUGCCGAGGCACUUGGUCCUCACCAGCUUUAAGGGUGUACACUUCAGAAGAAGUUGUAAACCAAUUAGGGAGAGCCAAAGUUGAGUACUUGGAAGCUUCAGUUGGUAUAACAAACAAGAGAAAGAUAAUUGUGCCUAAACUUUUGCAGUGGCACAUGCACGAUUUUGCAGAUGAGAUGGAAUCGCUAGUGGAAUGGAUAUAUAGCCAAUUGCCACGCUCAGGGUCAUUGAAAAGAGCUAUGAUGGAGUGCCUAAUACGGGAAACAAAAUAUCCCAUGUCUAAAAUGGUGGAAAUUCAGCCAUAUGAAUCUGAAUUCCGCUAUAUCCUACCCAUUUAAUUUAUGUAGUAUAUAAAAUGGUGUUUUUUCAAUAUUCACUGAAACACUAAAAGCAAAAAAAUGUAGUUAUUCUAUUUGUCCGAUUGAUAGAGCAUUACAAUGUAUUAAACAAUCCAUUGAUACCUAAGGUAUUGAGGGACCAUAAGGACAGCCAACCCACCCAUAACUAUUUCACACAUGUCCAAUCAAAUCACAUUACUUUAUAA